AUGGCACGAAUGAAGUCGGGCACAUCUCUGAACUUAGUUCCAGGGAUCUCUCAGCACUUGCUUGACGAGCAGGAAGCUGUACAGAAGCGGACUUUUACAAAAUGGAUCAACUCCCAUUUGGCAAAGCGUGACCCGCCCCUGGUGGUGACGGAUCUGUACGAGGACAUUAAGGAUGGCGUGAUGCUGUUAGCACUUCUGGAAGUGUUGUCUGGACACAAGCUGCCUUGCGAGCAGGGCCGCAAGCUCAGAAGGAUCCACUGGCUGGCCAACGUGGGAACGGCGCUGCACUUCCUCGAGGGCAGGAGGUCUGUGUACAGAGGAUCUCCGAUCAAACUGGUUAACAUCAACACCACGGAUGUUGUAGAUGGCAGACCCUCGAUCGUCCUGGGCUUGAUAUGGACCAUUAUAUUAUAUUUCCAGAUUGAGGAACUCACCAGCACGCUACCACCUCAGAACGUACAGACGAGCAGCACAUCCUCGGUGGACAGCUCCAACAGCACAGAGGCGAUCAGCCCGCCUGUCAAACGCAAGCCCCGCCUCUCCUUCCAGGGCGGAGCCAAGAAGGCUCUACUUAAAUGGGUUCAGAAAACCGCUACCAAGAGACUGGGUCUGGAUGUCAGGGAUUUCGGUCCUAGCUGGCGUUCGGGUAUAGCGUUUCACGCCGUCAUCUUCGCUCUGCGUCCUCAGCUGGUGGACAUGGAGCGCGUGUGGAACCAACCCAACAGAGCCAACCUGGAGGAGGCGUUCUCCCUGGCUGAGAGAGAGCUGGGCAUCCCGCGCCUACUCGACCCCGAGGACGUAGACGUCGAUAAACCAGAUGAAAAGUCCAUCAUGACGUAUGUGGCUCAGUUCCUGAAGCAUCAUCCCGACUCGGUGGAGAGAGGGAGUGUCAGAAACGAGGAGGAGCGUGAACAGAGGAACGCUCUGAGGGAGCUGAAGGUCUGGGCCGAUCAGAUGGACAGGGACUGCGCUGAGGCUCAAACGGACGCCGAAGAUCUCAGUCAGCAGUACCAGGUCUUUAAGCAUUACCAUGUGCAAUAUGAGAUGAGGAAGAGACGAGUGGAGUCCUGCAUUCAGUCCACUCAGAAGGACGGCAUGCUCACUUCAGACCAAGCUCUGGUUAAACAGGCGUGGGAGAGACUAUCCGCUAGGCUCCUGGAGUGGCAUGUGCAGCUGGAUGGUGGGUUGCCAGAUCCUCUAGGUUCUGUAGGUGUGUGGCUCCAUCAAGCAGAGAAGGUCCUCCAAGAGGAGUUGGUUCUUCAGCAGAGCCACGAGGAGACCGCCAAUGUCAUCCACCGAACAAGGCAGCUCCAUCAGGAGGUCCUUGGCCUCGUUGAAAUGCACCAGCAGACCUUCCAGCGUUUCCAUGGGGACUGGAGCGUCGUUGGCAUUGCCGGCAUUCCUGUACCUGCUGAACAGCUCCAGGACAUGGCAGAGAGAUUAAACUACAUUUCUACCUCCUCACACAUUCAUCUGAGCAAACUGGAAUUCUGGGAGUCGAAGUACCGCAUGCUGGACUUCCUAUCGCUGGGCGAAUCCAAGCUGAAAUCCUGGAUAAUUAAAUACGGACGCCGAGAAACAACCGAGCUUCUGCUCCAGAGCUAUGUGUCAUUUGUCGAAGGCGAGCACUUCUUCCAAAAGUACGACUCCAUCGACGAGGUUCUGAAGCAGGCCGCCGUGCUUUACAUAAGCGCUGAUGCUUCAGUUGAGAAGAGGGUGAAGCGCUUCCUGAGGGAUGUGGCUGAUCAGUGGAGGAGUCUGGCGGUGGAGGUGCGCAGCGUCAGGUCCAUGCUGGAGGAGGUGCAGGGGAACUGGGAGAAGUACAGCAGCUGUGUGGCGUCUCUGCAGGCCUGGCUGGAGGAUGCUGAGCGAGCGCUGAGACAGCCAGAGAACACGAAACGAGAGUUCUUCAGGACUCUUCCACACUGGAUGGAGAAUCACGCCAGCAUGAAUGCUUCAGGAAAUUUCCUCAUUGAGACGUGUGAUGAAACGGUGGCUCGUGACCUGAAACACCAGCUGCUCCUCCUCAACGGGAGAUGGAGAGAUUUAUUCAGUCAAGCCAAACAGUACGCUCGUGUUCUCGAGACUCAGACUCACAGCGAGAUGGAGCUGCAGGACGCCAUUAAGGUUCUCCGAGACUUUUUAGAAACUUCUACAGCCAAACUUACCUCACCUGUCCAGGUGUCUCUAUUGGACGUCAGAACAUUUGUGAGGAACGUUCAGGUAGAGAUUCACAGGCUUCCAGCGAUGGAGGUGAGAUAUAAAACGGCUACUCGCACGGCUCAGCUCUGGACCAGAGACUCCAGCAGGGGGGAUGGAAAGCAAGCCCUCGUUACUAUGGCAUCCAUUAAAGGACAGCUAUACAAGAUGAAGGAGAAAUGUCCACUGGUGCUGAGAGAGUGUCACACUGUGCUUCCUGUGUUAGAAGAGCUAGAGGGACAGAUCUCAGCCUUCUAUCAGAUAGCUGAUCAUGCAGGUCAUAUCAUCGCUCAGCAGCACGACCAGCAUAAAAACCAGGAGUUGCUGUCGCAGCAGCAGAGCUGUAAGAGGUGUGUGUGCGCAGUGGAGCGGAGUUACCUGGCCCUGCAGAGGGCGCUCUGCUGCAUGAAGACUCUCUACAACUUUGACGCGUCUCUUCUGCAGAACAGAGUCACCGAGCUUCAGACCACCGCCCAGGCCCUGAUGCAGGAGGCGUUGGAGUGGAGGAGGGUCGCGGAGGCUAACGGUAACCUGACACGCCGAUUCGAGGAGACUCGCGCUGAGCUGGAGAAGACCCUGGGGGUGGGCCAGGCGUGUCUGACAGAGAGAGGAGACCCUGCUGAGCUCUUCAGCAAACACAGCGACUUUUUCAGCAGACUGGACCAGCGAGUGUUGAAUGCGUACCUGAAGGCGUGUGAUGACCUCACCGAUAUCUUACCUGAGGAGGAACAGCAGGGUCUACAGGAGUCAGUCAGGAGGUUGCACAAACAGUGGAAGGACAUCCAGGCCGAAGCUCCGGCUCACCUGCUGAGGCUGAGAGUGAUGGCAGAAAGGCGCUUGGUGAUGACGUCACUGCAGGAGUGCAGGGCGGAGCUACAGCGAGAGGAGAAGAUGCUCACCACAGCUGGCAGUGAGAGAGUGAUCCGAGAACACAGGGCUUUUUUCAGAAACAAGAACCCCAUUUCGACAUGCGAGAGGAGGCUGAAGACGAUGGAACAGCUCUGCAAGAAACUUCCCGAAAAUGACCCAAUGCAAAAAACCCUACUGGAGACCAGAGAUCAUGUAUCAGAGGUCAAAGGUGAAGUGGAAAGUGCUCAUGUAAGACUCCAGGAGCAUCCAGACAAGUGGAACGAGUGGAACUGCAGGUUCGGGGAACUCUCAGCCUGGAUCGCGUCCCAGCACAGAGAUGGAGAGAGCGUUGCUGUGCAGCGUGAGGUGAAGAGAUCUCAGGAAGACACUUUGUCCUGGCUCACGGUUCGUCUGGAGGUGCUGGAGGAUCUGAGCACCGAUGCUGAAGCUGCGACACGGAGAACAGCUCUGGACGAGCUCGGGCACACCCUCACCACCCUGCUGUCAUCUCUUGAUGAAGCGAUGUCUCUAGAUGGGAACAGUGAGAGAGGAGAGGAGGACGAGGACGUGCUUCAAACGCAGGAACACAGCCGAAUCCUGAAUGCAGAGAGUGUCACGGAGGCCAGGCAGCUGCUUCUCAUUCACCAGCAAAAGCUGAAAUCCCAGCAGAAGAGAAAAGGAUAUAUGUGUGAAGCAUCAUUUCACGGUGAGGAGAGUAGCGAAGACUGCAGUCGGGCAGCACAAGAGAAACGUCUACAGGCCACUGUGAGCGCAUGGCAGGAGUUUGAUCUGGACCGAGAGGCCGUGUGGCAGUUUGUAUGCAGGGCGACUCCUGUCCUGGAGAGAGAGUUUAUCUUCAGCAGCCUGGAAGACCUCACGAAUCAACUCGAUUACGCUCGCGAGCUUCAUACACAGACGGGUGUGUUCAUCGAGAAGACCGAUUCACUGAUGAAGAAGGCGUCUGAGAUUCACUUGGGUUCGGAGAAUUAUUCUCUGCUGCGUGAUCAAGCCAAAGUAGCUCAGAGGAGAGUGAGGGACAUGCAGGACAGCCUCGGGAAAAUGAUAUGGGAGCUCGGUGAGACACAGGCACGAUGGCAGCGUUUCAGUUGUGAGUCAGAAGCGCUGUCCUACUGGGGGUGCGAGAGAGAGAAGGAGCUGGAGGCUGUAGAUGGCAACACUGCUGCCUUGGAACGACAGAUUCACACUUUGCAGGUGAUGGAGGCAGGUUUAGAGGAAAAGAAAGACGUCUUGAGGCAACUGGAGGCGGAGUCUCGUGCUCUGACUCGUUUCAUCACUCCUGGAGAGGCGGAGCAUAUUAAAGCUCGUUUAAUGCAGAUCAGCAGUUCCUGGGAGGAGCUUUCAAACAACGUGAAGCGACGAGGGGCGGAGCUUCAAGCUAGCUUAUUGCAUAAAUUGAAGUUGAGUGAGGAUAUGGAUGAGGUUAAAAGCAUGAUGAAAGAUCUCACAGAGAAGUUGAAUAAACCAGUUACAGACUGCACAUCAACAUCACUGACAUACCAAGCGCUUCAUGAGCAUAUGGAUGCAUGGCAGGCUCUUAAGCUCCUGCAGCCCAGAUUGGUAUCAUUGAGCUUGGGUUUAAGAAGAAUAUCUCAUAAAGAUCAGGUGGAGAAAGAAGUAUCAGACCUCCAGCAGGCUCAUAUACAGUACACUAAUAAGGCUGCCAGGAAACAAGCCAAACUGGAGGACCUGUUGACUCGGUGGCAGCAAUAUGAAAGAGGACUCUCAGUUCUUCAGGGCUGGUUGGACAGUUCAGAGAACCUCUGUAAAUCUGAUACUCCAUACCUGAUCACGGAAAAAACCAAACUCCAUUGCCAGCUACAAACACUACAGGACCUGCAGAGUGAGGUUCCCUCUCAGGAGUCUUUGCUGGAGAAGUUGGAGACCCAGGCCGAGUUUCUGUACCCCACAGCGUCAGAGGAACGAGUGGGAGAACUGACAGAGCUUCACUGCAACCUGGAGGAGAGGUGGUGUUCUCUCAGUGUGAGCAUCCCUCUCAGGAUUCAAGAACUUCAGGCCCAUCUUAUUCGGCUUGAGCAGUUUAACCAGGUUCUUGUGACCCUCACUCAAUGGAGUGAAAAUGUGCUCAGGCAGCUGAGAACCAGAUCCAGAGUCACCAUCACUGACUUGACAUCUGCUGGUACCCAAAUCAAGGAUGAUGAAGCUCUUCUUCAAACCCAAAGCAAAACAAUGGAGGACCUGAAGAAGCACCUGGAAGGACUAAGACCUUCCUUGGCGCCACUGGAUCUCCACCAAUUACAGGCCAAGCAGGAAGACUGUCUCCAGCCCUUCUCAGAGGCUAAGUGUCUGCUGCAGAACCGUUCUGAGGCUCUGGUUAAACUUGAGUCCUUCUUAGUGACCUAUAAGUCCACCACGAAUUCACUCCAGAACCUGCAGAGAGCUGUAGGACAGGCAAACUGGGACCAAACCAAGGAUAGGAACCUGAACCAGGAACUAGAGCAGUUGUCCCAGGAAUUAUCUUCUAUGGAGGUGCAGGCUAUAAGUCUGGACAGUAGUCUGAACAAGGCAUAUCUGCACCUGCACGGAACCGAUGAGGACAGGACAUCCUGCCGGGGGCUGGUGGAGGAUCUGGGAUCAGGUCUGCAGCAGAUUCAGAGGAGCAUGGGGACAAGGCAGAGCGAGGCCGAGGCACUACGAGCCAUGUGGAGCUCCUUUACAAGAAGAAAGGAGCUGCUUUUGAGGAGUUUGAUGGAGCUGGAGGAUAGAGCCAGAAAACAAUGGCUUCCAGAACCAAUCCCACAGAACUUCCAACAAAGGUUGUGGAUGCUGAACCAGUUGGAGGAGGAGCUCGAUGCUAUGCAGCACAGUCAGCUGUGGUUAGGGGAGAAAGCUGAGCAGUUGGCUCACAGAGACCCUGAGAUGGCCGAGGAGGCCCGGCGGGAUGUGACCCUUGUCCAGACCAGCUGGGAGAAAAUCAAAGACAUCAUCUCUGAGGAGCAGAAGCAGUGCAGAGUGCUGGGGGAGAUGUGUAAAGAUUACCAGACCCUGAAAUACAAACUCGGCUCAGUUGUAGAAAGAGCUCGUGCUGUCACUGUUGCCCAGUCUGUCCAGCACAACCUUGAGGACAUCUGGAGAGCCCUGACCCGGCUGGAGGCGGUGAAGUCAGAGUUGGCAGGCGCUCAGGAUGACCUCGAUUCGUUCAUCUGUAAAAGUAAAUCCUUCAUCCGUGAACUGAGGAACUUUCCAGAAGAUGCAGCAGAAGCAGUCCGCGUGGAAAUAGACACCAUUGUGGACCAGUGGAUGGACACGUCAGAGAGGAUGGAAACUGAAGCAGAUCGUCUUACAUCCGCUCUCGAGUUAUGGAAUGACAUUAACGCGAUCGUUACUGACAUCGAGUGUUGGAGCGCCACCUCAGUUAGUGAGCUCGGUGAUGGACCCGUUAACCUCUUAUCCAGUGCCAACAUGGAGGACUGCCUCAGUCAGUUUAAGCUGGAGAUUGAGAGUAAAAAGGUGCUAAUGGAAACCCUGCAAGGGAAAGUUACCGAACUACAGGAAGUGACGAAGAACCAGCAAAGUGACAUCGAGCUCCAGGCGAUGGGAGCUGAUCUGAGGAAGAAGAUCUUCCGUGCUGAAGAGGUUUAUGAGCAGGCCAGUUCCAUCCUGAGGGACUUCAGCUGUCAGAGCCGUCAACUCCAGGACGUGAUUUCCCACAUGGCUGAACAACUGGACACCAUCGAGAGCACGUUGUCCAAGCUAUCGCAGUCAUGUGACCCAGAAAAUGUGGCCAAGAUUAAGGAGCUCCAGAAGACUCUGAAGCAGGUGGACGGUGAUUUGGACGUGACGUCCGAGUCUCUCCGAGUGCUCUGUAGAGCGUACCCAGCUCGGCAGCUCACCGCUCUCGGGGAGAGCAUCACUGAGCUGGUGAAGCGGGGUGAAGCAGCCACUCAGCGUUCCAGCCGGGUCCUCCGAACUCUACAAGAAACACUAGUGCACAGGUUUAACGAACUCACACAGGAUUUCCACAGUUGGCUCUCGGAGCUGAGAGCAGGUACCGAGGAGCACUCUGAGGACGUUCCUGAGGUUCCCGCUCAGCUGCACAGGCUCAAGGUGUCUCUGGAGCGGGUCAACGAGGGGGAGAAACUCCUGACUAGACUUCAUGAAGAAGAAGAGAAGCUCCUAGCACACCUGUCUAAAUCUGCAGCUGGAGGAGUGCGGGAGGGCGUGGCCUCAUGUCAGCUGGCGCUGGACGGGUUUACUGCCGCCUGCAGACAAAGAGUGCGGUGUUUAGAAGAGAGCGCCGCCCUACAGGACGGGUUGGAGGUGUGUGUUGACGAGUUGAGGGACUGGCUGCAGAAGAUGGAGGAAAACCUGCAGAAAGAGGCGACUCUGUAUGGAGCGAGCCAGCCAGGAGUCCCAGACUGCUCCGCACAGCUGAAAAGGGUGGAGCAAAUCCACAAAGAGCUGCUCGCAAAAAGGCCGUCUCUGGAGCGUCUGUAUCAGGCCUCUCUACCCCUGUCCGAGGUGAACAGCGUCCCCGGCGAGCUCCUUUCCUCCCAUCAGGCUCUGCUUCAGGAAGCCUGGACUCGACUGCACCACCUGCAGGAGUACCAGGCCUUCGGGGAGGCGCUGAGGGCGGUGGGGGACUGGCUGGAGGAGGUCAAGGGCAGGCUGGAGAAGCUGGAGAGCACCGAGGGGAACAAACAGGAGGUGGAGGAGAGACUGCAACGAGUGCAGGAUAUCCUGUUAAUGAAGGGUGAGGGAGAGGUAAAGCUGAACAUGGUUGCCGGGAAGGGCGAGCUUGUCAUAAAAAGCAGCAGAGAUGCUGGACAGGAAGUGAUCCGUUCUAAGCUACAGGAAGUGGAGGACGCCUGGGCGGCACUGCUCUUGAGGGCUAUAAGCUGCCACAGCCGUCUGGAGUGGACCGUGAGUCAGUGGGGGCUGUUUGUGGAGUCUCAAGCUCAGCUCAGGACCUGGUUGGAGGAGGUGGAGGCCGAGGUUAAAGGUCCUCUAGAGCCUCAGCUGGGUCUCCGAGAAAAGAGGCAGCAGCUGAACAGACUGUGCCUGCUCUCGGCCGACGUAGAGGACCACCAGGGGGUGCUGUGUUAUUUAGAGGAGAGCGCCGCCGAGCUGUACAAGCGCACCGGAGACCCCGCCUUCAAGGAGGAGGAGACCACUCAGCUCAGGGCGCAGUUUGAUGAUGUCAGAGCUGCUGCAGAGGAGAGAGUCCGUCUUUCAGAAGGUGUCGUUUUCGAGCACGAGAAGUACAUGGCGACAGUGAGAGAGCUCACCGAUUGGCUCAUGUCCAAAGGGGAGGAGCUUCAGAGAUGCUCCGACCCAUCCGGUGACUCCGCCUCCGUCGAGAAGAAGCUGCUGGAAGUGCGGGAGCUGGUGGCGCAGGGAGCGCGCGAAGGGCGCGAGCGGCUGCGGCGCGUGCGGCUGAGCGCAGAGAGCGCGUGCAGGCUGACGGCGGCGUCGGGCUGCGAGCUGAUGGACGGGGAGGUGCUGGCGCUGGCGCGCGCCCUGCAGCAGUGGGAGGGGCAGGCGCUGAAGGCGCGCGACACCCUGGAGACCGCCGUCACCGUCGCGAGCGGGGCGGAGCGCGAGCGGCGUCGCCUCGCCGAGCAGCUGGAGGAGGACACGCUGCGGCUCGAGCGCCGGCUGAGGGAGUGGAGCGACGGGCUCAAGAGCUCCGAGAGGCGCAACAGCGGAGCCGCCGCCGUGGAGGGAUGGACCGUCGCUAAGGGCGUCCUGGAAGGCCUGCAAGCGGCUGAAGUCAUGGAAGAGAAGCUGAAAGCUCAACUCAACGAGCUGUGCGGAUUUUCCAGCGAUCUGGGCGCUCAGUCGGAGCGGGUCAGCGCUGUCAUCAAACUCCACAACAGUCUGAGUCUGCGAGCAGCUCGUGAGUGUCAGAAUAAGGAGAAGCUCCUGGAGCAGCGUUUCCGCUCGUCCCUGCGUGAUUUCCGUCAGUGGCUGGUCAACGCCAACAUCUCCACGGCUAAAUGCUUCGACUCUCCUCACAGCAUCCAGGAAGCUUCCAGCAGCCUCCAGAGGAUUCAGGAGUUCCUGAGUGACAGCGAGCAAGGCCAGGCCCGAUUAAACGCUGUGCUGUCCCACGGGGACCGGCUCGGCGCCGUGGUGUCCGCUGACAGGGUGGAGGCGGUCAGGGCCAAAGCUAACGCCGCCAAGGACGACUGGAGGAACCUGAUAGACAACCUGAAGCAGAGAGAGAUCGUAUUACAGGGUCUCCAGUGUCAGAUGCAAGAGUUUGAAGCGAGUGUGGAGCCUCUUCAGGACUGGAUCAACAGAACGGAGACGAGUGUCCAGGAGAGCAGCGCUCGUCUUCAUGAUCUCCCCGCUAAGAGACUGGAGCUCAGCAAACUGCAGUCGGUGUUGGAGGAGAUGGGCUCCUUGGAAUCGGAGCUGGGAAUGCUGAGAGAGCGAGCUCACAGCCUGUGGGAGGGUCAGGCGGCUGGGAAAGGCUUCGUGCACCGGGUCUGUCAGCUCGCCGCACGCUACCUGGCCCUGAGCAACCGCACGAAGGAGAAGGUCUCCAGGGUGGAGCGUGUAGUCGGAGAGCAUCAGCUCUUCUCCCAGGGCUUACAGGAACUUCAGAGCUGGGUUUCAGAAGCCCAGCAGAUCCUCGAGACCUGCCGAAGUCCCACCGCUGACAAGAAUGUGCUGCUUACCAGAAUGAGCCAGCUUGAGGAGCUGUUGGCAGCACGUCAGGAGCGGGAGAUCCAGCUGAAGAUGCUCAUCACCAGAGGAGAAGCGGUGCAGAGGAACACCUCAGCCGAGGGGGUACCUGUGGUUCGCAAACAGAUCCAGGACCUGAAAGACUCCUGGGACUCGCUUCUGUCUGCUUCGAUUCAGUGCAAAAGCCAGCUGGAAGGCGCUUUGUCUCACUGGACCAGCUAUCAGGAGGACGUGAGCCAGUUCGAGGGCUGGCUGGAACGAGUGGAAGAGAGUCUGGGGAACUCGGAUAAACACUACACCGAGAUGAGGGAGAAGACGGCGAAUUUACGCAAGGCGAAGCUGCUUUACGAGGAAGUGUUGAGUCACUCGAGCCUGUUGGAGACCAUCGCGACAAAGGGCUCCAACCUUCCUGAGCACUCAGCCACUCAGCAGGAGGUACAGGAGCUCAGCGAGCAAUACGCAGCCAUCAAGGACAAAGCCAAGGCUGCUGUCAGGAAGGCAGAAGACCUGGUCCUGGUCCAUCAGGAGUACCAGCGAGGUCUGCACAUGUUUGAGGACUGGCUGGAGCAGGAGCAGAGCAACCUGGGUCUGCUUUCACCCCUGGAUGGAGAUGUCAACACACUGGAGAAGACCUUGAAAGAACUGCAUAUGCUCCAGUCACGUUGCUCCGAAGGCCACACCUUGCUGAAGUCAGCUCUGUCCAGUCGGGAGCGGGUCAUCCCCUGGGGCGUCCCUCAGAUUGAGGACAGGGCGUUGGAGACGGCGCAGAGAGAGUGGCAGGCGUAUCAGGACAGGCUGGAGAACACUCGAGCUAGCCUGGAGCAGACGCUCGUCAGACUGCAGCAGCUGGAGGGAUGUUUCCAGAGUCUGGACCAGUGGCUGGUGGACAUCGAGCUCAAAGUCAGGCUGAGGAGCAACAGAUGCUCUGAUUGUCCUGCGAAAGAAUUACAGCUACAACAGCUACUGCGGUGGCAGGUGGAGGCUGUACAGAAGCAGUGUGAGAUGGAGGCUCUGAGCGCUUUAGCUCAGCAGGUUGUGGAAGACGCCCAUGUCAGCGCCCGGGUCAGCGCCCGGGUCACUCAGCUCACCACCCGCUACCACGCCCUCCUCCUGCGCAUACAGGAGACCAUCCGACAGCUCCAGGAGGAACUGAGGAGCAUCGGAGAAGCUCAGGACGCUCUCAGGGCCUUCUCCGAUUGGCUGAGCGCAACGACGACGGGUUUUACAGCAGCCAGCGAGAGCAAAAAAGUCCCAGACCGGGCGUCUCUGGAGAAAAAGAUGAAAAGGCUGGAGUCUCUACAGCGCGACAUGGACGAAGGCCACGCCCUGUUUAAGACCCUUCGUGAGAAAGCAGAGCAGGCCGUCUCCUUCCUGGAUGAAAGCGGGUCGUGCAAGCUGGAGCGCGAGGUCCAGGAGAGCCGAUCUCAGCUGGAAGAGCUCGGCCUGGGAUUACGAGCCGAGCACGGUGCUACGGAGAAGAGCACGAUGCUUUAUAAAGAGUUUCAGGAGCGUUAUAAGAGCCAGCUGCAGUGGCUGAGAGAGACUCGGGUUCUGCUCAGCGCUUCUACAGAACCCAAAGCUGAACUGUACCAGAGAAAAGCCCAGCUGGCAAAGUAUAAGGUGUUGGAGCAGUCGCUGCUGUCGCGGGACUCGGCUCUGAGCGCGAUGAUGGAGAAAGGAAAAACCCUGCUGUCUCUCCUCCACUCUCCCUCCAUCAUGGAGAACAUGGACAGAUUACAGAGCGACUAUCGGGAGCUGUGCGACUCCGCGCGGGCUCAGGUGCAGAAGCUGGAGGCUCAUGUGAAGAAACAGGAAGUGUAUCAUACCGAACUCCAGGAAGUGGAACGGUGGCUGCUGCAGAUGUCCAGCCGGAUGGUGACCCCUGACCCCACUCCGGGUGGUGGGCUGGAGGCAGCUGCGCAACAGCUGGCCAGACACAAGGCCAUCAUGGAGGAGAUUGCAGGCUUUGAGGAGCGUCUGGCAGGGCUGAAGGACAGAGGAGACGAGCUGACGUCUGGCUGCACCGAGCGCCUCCAGGCUCGCCUUCGCCAGCAGAUCCAGAGCCACCUGCAGGGAGCACGAGACAGCUACUCGGCCAUCUGCAGCACGGCGCAGCGCGUGUAUCAGAGUCUGGACAGGGAGCUGCAGAGGCACGUUAGCCUGCGAGACACACUGCAGCAGUGUCAAACCUGGCUGUUCAACAUCCAAGAGGAGCUGCAGCCGCCUGCGCAAACGCCACGCUACCUGGAGGAGGCGCUGAUCCAGCUGAAGCAGGAGCGAGCUCUUCAGGAGCAGGCCAGUACGUACCUGCAGCUGAUUUGCUCCACCUGUGACCUGUCGGAUGAGAAGGUGCGGGAGACCGCCGCCGAUAUCCAGCAAGUCAAAAUCCAGGUCGAGGAAAGGAUGGUCGAAUCCCAAGAGCUGUUAGACAGCUGGAGGGAAAUCGAGAGCCUGCGUUCCGAGCUGGAGUCUCAUCUCCGAGAAGCCGAACACUUUCUGCAGAACAUGCUGAGACGACCAGCAGAUCUCGAGCCGAAGGUCUCUCAGAAUCAGCUGGACCAAGCUCAGGACUUCAUCCAGGAGAUACAAGCCAGGCAGGCUGAUCUUACCGGCCUGAGAGAGAGCGUUGGUAGGCUGGUGCCAUCUCAGGAUUCGCCUGAGCUGGUGGAAAUAGGUCGUCUGCGCAGAUCUUGGUUAGAGCUUGCAAAGCAGGCUGCAGAGCUGUUGGAGCAGAGAGAGGAGGAUCUCCAGAGGAGUGGGGAUUAUCAAGAGUGCCUCAGUAUGGCAGAAGAGCUGUUUGACCAGUUGUCCAAGGAAUGGGAUUAUCUGUCCAGGGGAGAUAUGGAGAGCACUGCGGGGUGUUUAGAUGCCUUGAAGAAGCUCUCCAUAGAUCUUCAGGACCAGAGGUGUGUAUUAGAAGACUUGAGAGAUAACAAGAAUGCAAUCCUGUCACGCCUUAGUCUCGAGGACAAGGACUUUGUCAAGGAGCAGGUAGGUUACCUGGAGCAACGCUGGACCCAAAUGGAAAUGCAGGUUGUACAGAAGAUGCAGGAUACUGUUCAAACCCUUGAAGACCUCAAUCACUUAGAGGACCAGUUGCGGGAAACCCAAGAGUGGGCUGAGGUGCAGCGACCAUCUCUUUCUGACGUGCUGAAAACCAGCCCUCCUCCGGACCUUGCUCAGAGCUUUUUAUUUGAGCACUUGAGCUUUUGUGCAGAGCUGGAAGCCAAGCAGCAGCUCAUUCAUCAAUCCAUGUCUGAGGCUGGCAGCCUUUAUUCUCAUCUAGGACUAAAUGAGAAAAGGAGAAUGCAGACCUUGGUGCAGGCCGUUCAAGCAGAGGUAGAAUCUCUUGGCUCGAAGGCAGCUCAGCACCGCAAAAGCCUUAGUAAAGUAUUCACAGAGCGGACACAGUUCCUCCAGGCCUUGGACAGGGCUGCUGGAUGGAUCAAACAGCAAGAGCAGCGGGUUCUUGCAGAUGAGCAUGUGGCACUCUUGCCAGAUGAGCUCUCCAAGCAGGUGUCUCUUUGCAAGAACAUAUGUAGCAGCCUGAGGGGGUAUCAAGUGGAACUGACCUCACUUUGGACACAAGGAAGGGAACUGGUAAAGGAUACAACAGAGGGUGAGAAGGUGGAGACCCUUCAAAGGCUUGAGGAGCUCCAGGGAACUUUUGAGGCUUCCCUCCAAAGGUGCACACAUCAUUUGCAGCACCUGGAGAGAGCCCUAGUUAUUCGAAAGUACUUCAAAGUAGACCUGGAUAGAAUCUGCGAGUGGUUGAGACAUGCAGAAGCAGCCACAUUCCCCAUAAUAAACCUCAACAGAAAUGAUGUGGAGCUGCAGAACCAGUUAGCCAAAUACCAGCAGAUUUUGGAUCAUACCUCAGCAUACGAGAACCUGUUACUUAUUGUCCAGAGGGCAGGACAGGAAAUUCUUCCCACCUUAAAUGAAGUAGAUCACUGCUACCUGGAUGAGAAACUUAAUGGCCUUCCGCAACAAUACAAUGCCAUUCUUUUGUCAACCAAAGAAAAGCGAGACAGGAUCCAGCGAGUGAUUCUGGAACGCAAGGAAUUGGAGUCCCUCACUGAAGUGACGCGUAAAACUUUGGAGGAACUUCAGGAGCAGUGUGAUGCCUUAGAGAAACAAUCAACUAGUAGAUGUCUUGAAGACUGGGAAAGGUUGCAUGAUGACUACGAAGAGAUCCAGAAAGGCCUUUUAAACCUUCUCCAGCCACUGAAUGAGUUGAAGAGUAAAACUCAGGACUUGCAUUGCACAGGACAACCAUAUUCAUGUGAGGUCAUUGACCAGCUGGCAAGUCUUUAUAGCAGACUUGAGCAAGCAACAAAGGAAAAAGUUAACCAUCUGAACCGUAUGUUGAAUGUAUUAAAUGAUUAUAGGGCCACAGUCGUAAAAAUGGAUAGUGACAUUAAUGCAGUCAAGGAGCAUAUGGAUAAGCUUAAUUCUGAGAUGCAGUUCAAUGCCAUGGAGAGAUUAUCCAAACUGCAUGAACUGGCCAAAGAGCUAGAUGAGAUUACUUCUUAUUCUGAAGGUCUAACUGGACAGAUAACGGAUUUCAACCAGCACUUUGACAAUGAUACCCUUAAGACUCAGGUUUCCGUGAAGGAGACCCAGCUUCAAGCCUUGAAAUCAACCAUUUCCAAAUGUAUAGAAGAAUGUGAACAUUGUGCCAAUUUGUGUCUUGGGGAUGAACCAAGCUUCCAGGCUGAGGUCAAAUCAAACUUGCUGUGGCUCAGGAUGGUUAGACAGGAUCUUGGAAGUUUGUUUACUCUUCAGGAAAUCAGUGUUCAUGUUGUUCAGGAUGAGAUCAGAUCAGCAGUCGCACUUCAAAGAGAAAUGAAAUCUAGGCUCCAGUUGCUGGAAGUUUUAAGCCAAAAUGAGAGGUACAAGACUGCCGAACAGCCAUUCCCCAGUGACAUGGAGACCUAUUUAAAGGAUAUUGCAGACUUGGAGAGCGAGGUUCAGGAAUCCCUGUCAACCAAACAGGUGGUCUUGCAGUCAGCACUAUCCUUGCUACAAUUGUACCAAAGUGCCUUGAAAUCUACUCACCAGUGGUUUGAAGAUGCCGAUGCUGUCCUAAAGCAGAAGAACCAGGAACUAGAAUUGGAAGACCUUACAGAGAGCCUCCAGGAACUUAAACAUGUUUUGAGCCAAGAACCGACCAUAAAGAAGGCGGUUCAGGAUAUCGAGGGCGUUCUCCAUAAAAUGGAGGACUUUGUUGAUUCUGGCGUUAUUAUGAAACUCAAAGAAGGCUAUGAGACCACUUGUGAAAGGAGUGCUGAGCUCAUGGAGCAGCUAAGAUGUCACCAAGAAACCUUAAACCGAUGUUCAACUCGGUGGACGUCAUUUAAGAAAGACAGAGAAGUACUUAUAAGUCAGCUGAGUGAAGUUGAGAGGAGAUUGGCUGGGUUUAGCACGGCUAAAUCAAGCUCUCUUCAAGAAGCCGAGGACCAGCUUAGUUUUCACCAGGAUGUCGUGUUCCACCUGGAGGCUUGUCAGGAUAAACUGACAAACCUGAAAGAACAAUCGGAGCAGUCUGAGCUGAAGUCUGUGUCCAGUGCGACAGUUUCGCGUUCAGUCUGUGCACUACACCAGCGAUGGACUCAGUUAUCCAGUGUAGCUAAAGUACAAGAGAAGGCCCUUAAGGACACAGUGCAUGACUGGAGACGCUUCAUUGAGAAGCUGAAGAAGAUGAGGUCUGUGUCGGAGGACCUGCACAGCCGAGUUCCUGACAGCGUGGUGGAGAAAGCAGCCAGCACCGUGGCGCUACACAACCUGUUAGAGUAUCACGACUCCUUUAGCCGAGAGGUGGAGAGAGAGAACAGCGCCCUGACGCUCCUCAGACACCACGCCCUCCACCUGCUCCUCCACUCUGAUGCUGCAGGACUAAACAUGCCCAGCGACCAGACAACCAGGCUUAGCAAGCUGUCGGCCACGCCCCUCAGGCAGCCAACCACGCCAAGCAAGCCGCCAAACUCGACCAACAACCAAUCAACAACGCACAGUACACAACCAGACACGCCCAUCAAUCAAACAGCCUCGCCCAGCACACACAACCAAACAGCCACUCCCAGUACGCAAUCAUCCACACCCACUUCACAGCCAGCCAUACCCACCAACCACUUAGACACACCUAGAAACCAAACAGCCACUCCCAGUACACAAUCAUCCCCACCCAAUACACAGCCGGCCACACCCACCAACCACCUGGAUAGUCCUAGCAAUCAAACGGCCACACCCAGUACACAGCCAACUACUUCCAGCAAUCACUUAGACUCGCCUAGCAUACAGCCAGCCGCACCCGAAUACCAAACAACCACACCUCUCAACCAUCUAGGCACGCCCACCAAGCAGGCCAAUCAACCCAGCAGCGAAGAUGCUUUUUGUCUGCAGGAGAUUCAGGCAAUGCAGGAGAAAUAUGAGAGCCUGCUACAGAAAGUGUGCGUGAGCCGACAGCAGGUGCACGUGGAGCUGCUGGAGCGGGAGGAGGUGGAGCGGGAGCUGGGGCUCGUUAAAGGCUGGAUCCAGGACACACAGGGGCUGUUACUGAGCCCUACAGCCGACCUGGACACCCUGCUCUCUGACCUGGAGACGGCUCACGGCGGUGUUCAGUCUCAGCGGCAGGCUCUGGAGCAGAUCGCAGACCGCCAGCAGAUAAAAUACAAAGACCUCCAUGCCACGGUUCCCUCAGAGAUCAGCACCCAGCUGGCACAGGUCACACUGGCACUGGGCUCAGCAGAGGACCAGGUCCAGAGCCGAGAGAGAGAAGUGCAGCACAGCAGAGAUGUUAAAGAAGACUUUACUGCCAGACUGAAGGACAUCUCGGAGAAAGUCGGCGCCAUCUCUGUGAAACUGAAGCAGAAGAGUGUGGAUGUGGAAGAGGCCAAAGAGGAGACGGAGACUCUGCGUGAGGAGCUGGAGGACUGCUCCCACGCUCUCUCCGAGCUGGACGUGGCCGUGCAGGAGUUCGGAGAGCAGAACCCGCUCCUGGCCCGGCAGCUGGGCGCCACGCUGAGCAAACUCACCGAGCUCCACUCUCAGACCAGCAGACUCGCAGAGGGAAGGAGCGCACGGCUCAAGAAGGCUGAGCAGCACUUCGAGGAGUUUAACGACAGACUGACCCUCGUACUGAACUGGACAGAAAAAGCCGAGACUCUCGUUUCGUCCGGCAUUGUGUGGAGCCCCGCCUCGAUGAUGCAGGAGCAAAUCAGAACACACCAGGUGCUGCUGCGGGAGUGGCGGAGGCUGCAGGGCGAGAUGGAGGCGCUGACGGAGAGGGUGGGGUUGCUGGGAGAGGUGGUGCACACUGACGCACUUCACCAGCAGGUGGCAGAGCUGAGCCGUCACGCCGAAGAGCUGCAGCAGCGCGCCGAAGCACGCCUGCUCAACCUACAGGACGCCGCGAAGGACCUGAGCAGGCUGGAGAGCGAGGUGAAGAGCCUCCACCGGUGUAUAGAGCGAGUUCAGGAGACGCUGGCCUCGCCGGAGCUGGCUCGCCUCAGCCUCCGAGAGCAGCUGCUCCAGAGACAGCACCUGCUGACAGAAAUGGAGGGCUUUAAGGUGCAGGUGCAGGCCGUACAGAAGUGCAUGAGCUCUCUGCAGCUGCCCGAGGACGCCGUGGUCACGUUACCGCUGUGUGUCACGGCGCAGAGUCUACAGCAGGACAGCAGCCAUCUCCAACACACCACCAUACAGCAGUGCAACAUCCUGCAGGAGGCCGUGCUGCAGUACGAGCAGUAUGAACAGGAAGUGAAGAACCUUCAGAAGAUGAUCGAGGAAGCGCAGCGUGUCAUUCAGGACCGCCCCGUCGCUACGGGCAACAUCCACGAGCUUCAGACGCAGAUACAGCACCAUGAGGAGCUGGCCCAGAAGAUAAAAGUCUACCAGGAGCAGAUCGCAGCCCUGAACUCGAAGUGUAAGAUGCUGACGGUGAAGGCCAAGCACGCCACCAUGCUGCUAACAGUCAGCGAGGUCGGGGGGCUCUCGGACGGCCUGGAGGAGCUGGAGGAUGAGGAGGAGGAGAUGACCAAACACCCCGCAACACACCCCUCGGUCGUCAUGAUGACCGCAGGCCGAUGUCACACCCUCCUGUCUCCUGUAACGGAGGAGUCGGGUGAGGAGGGCACCAACAGCGAGGUCUCCUCCCCUCCGGCCUGCAGAUCCCCCUCACCCGGGCCUAACGCUGACGUCUCCCUUAACCAGGCUCCAGGAAGGGCCCCGUUAAGUCGUGCUCCUCUCCAGGAGCUCUACGACCAAUCUAUGGAAUCCGCUGCCACGGCUAACCUGGAUGACCUACAGCGCUCAUGGGAAACGCUGAAGAAUGUGAUCAGUGAGAAACAGAAGAGUCUGUACGAGGCUCUGGAGAGGCAGCAGCACUACCAGGAGGCUUUACAGUCCAUCUCCACCAAGAUGGAGUCCAUUGAGGCUUCACUAAACGAAGGCCUAGAACCUGGAAAGAGUCCUGAGAGCCAGAUGGCAGCUCACCAGGCGCUGAUGGACGAGAUCCUGAUGCUGCAGGAUGAGAUCAGCGCCCUGCAGGCGUGUUUCUCAGAGGAGCUCCAGCAGGAUGAGGAGAGCCCCGAACAUGAUGCCGGCGACCAGCUGGCACUGCACUCCACCCUCACCGUGCUGGGGGAACGCAUGGCCACCAUUCGCAUGAAGGCCUCGGGCAAGCGCCAGCUCCUGGAGGAGCGACUGAACGAGCAGCUGGAGGAGCAGAGGCAGGAACAGGCCCUGCAGCGUUACCAUAGCGAGGCAGAGGAGCUCGAUCAUUGGUUGCUCAGUACGCGAGCGACGCUUAACUCCGCCCUCCAGCCGCAUCCAGAGGACAUGGACAUGGAGGAGCAGCUGAUCGACUGUCAGAACAUGUUGUUGGAGAUCGAGCAGAAGGUGCUGUGUUUGUCCGAACUGUCCGUGCACAGCGAGAGCCUCCUGCUGGAGGGGAAGGCCGGCAUGCGUGGAGACGCCGAGCAGCUCACGCACAAACUGCACAGCCUUAAAGCCAGUCUGCUGGAGCUGCAGCGCAUCCUACAGGACAAACACACACACAUCCAGGGUUCUUUAAUGGAGCAGGAGGAGAGUGAGCCAGACUCGUCGUUGUCUCAGAGCCCCAGUGUACUGGACUGGCUCAGUCAGGCUCGGUCCACUCGCAGCCAGCAGCACCAGGACACGGUGCAGAGACAACGGGAAUUAGAGAUGCAGCUUGAGGAGCAGAGGAAGCUGAUGCAGUCUGUCGCCUGUCGAGGGGAGGAGCUUCUGUCACAGCAAACCACGCCCAACGGAGAGAGUGCCGCAGAUGUACAGGACACGUCGGACGUGAACGUGAGCGAACAGGACUGUAUGAGAGCGAAGUGGGAGAAUCUGAGUAAAGAUCUGAACACCAAGCUGCAGCUUUUAUUCAACACCAUGCAGGAGGAACAGCUCAACCCGGCGUAUCAGCGAUCUCGAGUUUCCAGCCCAGGAAGCCUUUUCAGAGGAGAUCAGCGGACGCCGGAUGUUUUUUCCCCCAGUGCUUUAUUUGAGACUUUUAACCACAAGCUGAAGGAACUAGCUGAGGUACUGAGACACAAGCUCAUCUGGUGAUGAGGUGGCGCCGAUGUUAAACGCGCUCAUGCUCGGGAGAGGACCCUGUACAAGGCGGUGUGCUCAGCCUCCACCUGGCUGGACGGUGCAGAAAACAGUCUGCUCUCCGGCCCUGUGCUGCUGUCUGAUGACUCGGAGGUUCAGCUCUGUCAUUUAGAGGGUUUGAAUAAGGAGGUGAAGAACGUCAGCGAGGAGGUGUGUAAAUGUCGGGAGGUGCUGGAGGAAUGUGGAGGAGGAGAAGGUGAUGACGUCAUCGAGGAGGUGCUGGAUGGACUGGAUGAGAGACUGAGAUUGAUGGAUUCGCUGCUGAAGCAGAGAUGUGACAGUAUUAGAGACAGGCUGCAGGAACAUACCACUUUUCAGGCUGAAUUGAGGCAGUUAUUUGCUGCUAUGAGCGACUCGAAGCAUCAGCUGCUGCAGAAGAUGUGUGGAGCUGCAGAUCGUCCAGCGUCCAAACAGCUAGAGACUCUGGCUGAAGCGGAGGACAGUGUGAGGGAGUUUGAACAGAGAGUGUGUGAGAUGAGGACUAAAGGAGAAACACUGCAGUCAGACCCAGUGACCACACAGGAGCUGCUCAGACUCCAGGACAUGUAUGAGGAGCUGGUGGAGAUGGUGGGCUCUAGGCGGAGUGCUCUGAACCAGAUGCUGGUGUUGAAGGCACAGUAUGAGAAAGCUUUACAGGACCUGCAGGAGCUUGUGGACACGGCGCAGGACAAAAUGGCCGCCGAUCAGAAGAUGACCGCGGGCUCCGUGCUCGAGGUUCAGAUCCUCCUGGACAAGCACAAGGAGUUUUUUCAGGGUCUGGAGGCCCAUGUGGUGCUGACGCAGGCCUUCUUCAGGCAGGUCAGUGUGGUCAUGGUGCAGCGAGAAGCUCAGGUCCUGGAGCAGACCGUAUCUCAGGCUCACACCGUCCUCAAACAGGCUCACAGGAGAGGAGUGGAGCUGGAGGGCAUCCUGGAGGAGUGGAGCAGGUUUGUUGGAGAUUAUCAGGCUCUGUAUCAGCAGCUGGAGGUGGUGGAGAGCAGCAUUCCGUCCGUGGGGCUGGUGGAGGAGACGGAAGAGAGGCUGAGUGAGAGAAUUGCACUUUACCAGUGUUUGAAGAGCACGCUGGUGGAGCGCCAGCAGCAGCUUUAUCAGGUUCUGGAGGACGGGAAGAGACUGUUACUGAGGGUGUGCUGCUCGGAGCUCGAGGCUCAGCUCACUCAGCUCGGAGAACACUGGCUCAGCAGCACAACCAAAAUCAGCAAAGAGCUGCAGCGCCUUGACUCCACGCUCAAACACUGGACCAGGUACCAGAGCGACUCAGCAGAACUGGGUCAGUGGCUGUCCUCGGCUCUGGACAGGCUCGAGUUCUGGAGCACGCAGUCCGUCACUGUUCCUCAGGAGCUGGAGACGGUCCGAGACCACCUGCACGCUUUCCUGGAAUUCUCUAAAGAAGUGGACGCUAAAUCGUCCCUGCGCUCGUCUGUCCUGAGCCGCGGUAACCAGCUGCUGAGGCUGAAGAAAGUGGACACGGCGGCGCUCCGGACUCACCUGGGCCAGGUGGAGACACAGUGGGCGGAGCUUCUCACGCACAUCCCUGUGGUGCAGGAGAAACUCCAUCAGCUGCAGAUGGAGAAACUGGCGUCCCGUCACGCCAUCGCUGAGCUGAUGAGCUGGAUUUCUCUCAUGGAGAACAUCAUCCAGGAGGACCAGGACAAGAUCCUGGAAGCAGUGGGCUCAGAGGUGGUGCAGACCUACAUCCAGAAAUACAAGGGUUUCGGGAUCGAUUUGUCCUGUAAGCAGCUGACGGUGGACUUUGUGAAUCAGUCGGUGCUGCAGAUCAGCAGUCAGGAUGUGGAGGGGAAGCGCAGCGACAAGACCGACUUUGCUGAGCGUCUGGGAGCCAUGAACCGGCGCUGGCAGAUUCUGCAGGGCCUCAUCACAGAGAAGAUCACGCUGUUGGAAAGUUUACUCGAGAGCUGGUUGGAGUAUGAAAACGGGGUCCAGACCCUGAAAACCUGGAUCAGCACACAGGAGGAAAAACUGAAGAAGAAGCCCAGGAUUGAGGACGUGGCCUCAGUGCAGAACCUCCUGAAAGACUGCCAGGAGCUGGAGGAGCUGGUGAAGGAGAAAGAGAAGGACCUGGAGAAAAUGGAGGAAAAAGGAUGCUCGCUCAUCCAGGGCAAGAAAGGAGACACCUCCACUGUUGUCAUGGAAACGCUUAAAGGGCUAAACCAAGCUUGGACCAAUUUGGACCAGAUGGUCGGCCAGAUGAAGAUCAGUCUGCGUGCCGUACUGGAGCAGUGGAGUCUGUACAAGAGAGCGUCUGAGGAGAUCCAAGGCUACCUGAUGGAAGGACAGUACUCCAUCUCGCGCCUCAGGCUCCUCACCGGUUCUCCUGAGGCUGUGCUCGUGCAGGUGGAGACCCUGGAGAGUCUGCAGGAGGAGCUGGAGAAGCAGGAGAGCAGUGUGAAGAAGUUCGGCUCUCUCACCAAAGAGCUGCUGAAAGACUGUCACUGCACUGUGGCUGAUUCUCUCAACACCACCCUCAUCGAAAUCAACCACAGGUGGAACUCGCUGCUGGAGCAGAUCUCCGAUCAGUUGAGGAGCAGUAAGAACCUGCUGCAGCUGUGGCAGCGCUAUAAAGAGCUUCAUGAGAGCAGCAGUAAGGAUGUGCAGAGACUGGAAGAGAGGGCGGAGCAUUUACUCAACAGCUCCGCCCACAGGGAGACCUCGGAACAGGAAGUGAAGACCUGGAUCCAUGACUGUGAUGACUUACUGAAGGCUCAUGGUUCAGUCCAGGCCACGCUGCAGCAGCUGACUGAUGUGGAGGAACAGCUGAGGCUGCAGGUGGAGCCGUCAUCCAUGGCAACCUUCCACACAGACUACCUGUCACUCAUCCAGCGCCUAGCAACAGUGGGACACGCCCUCCACAGGCAGCAGGCUCUGACAGAGGUGAGUGUGAAGGACUACGAGAGCUUCAGGGAGGAGCUGCGGUGUCUGAGUCAGUGGCCCGAGGAGGCACAGGAAGUGCUGAAGGAGUCGGAUCCGGCCGCGUCUGCAGAGCUGUCCUCUGUGCAGGAACGCAUGGAGAAACUCAAGAUCCAGAUGUUGAAUCUGAGUCGUCUGUCUCCUGAUCUGGAGCGGUUAAACAGUCUGGGCUACAGACUUCCACUAAACGAUCAGGAAAUCAAAAACCUUCAGAACCUCAACAGGAGCUGGGCGUCCACCUCGGCACAGAGCACGGAGAGGUUCAGUAAGCUACAAGCCCUGGUGCUGCAGAGACAGAGUUUCCUGGAGAAGUGCGAGACGUGGCUCGGUUUCCUGACCCAGACGGAGGAGAAACUCGGCGCUGAGAUCUCAGGAAAUUACCAAAGCCUGUUAGAGCAGCAGAGAGAGCAUGAGCUGUUCCAUGCGGAGAUGUUCAGUCGACAGCAGAUCCUCUACUCCAUUAUUAGUGAUGGCCAUCAGCUCCUCAAUCAGGGACGAGUGGAAGACAGAGACAAUUUUGGCCUGAAGUUGGCACUGUUGAGUAAUCAGUGGCAGGGCGUGGUGCGGAGAGCGCAGCAGAGGCGGGGCAUCAUCGACGCGCUGGUGUGUCAGUGGCAGCGCUACACUGAACUCUCUGACAAGCUGAGACACUGGCUGCAGGAGGCGGCUCUCGAACCGGACGAGGAACUGCAGCAGCAAGGACGAGUCACGGCUCUGCAGCAGGCCAGAGGGGUUCUGGAUCACAUCCAGCUGAAGGAGCGGGUACUACAGAGGCAGCAGGGCAGCUACAUCUUGGCAGUGGAAGCAGGAAGGCAGCUUCUCCUCUCGGCCGACGCCCAGGCAGAGGCGCUGCUGCAGGAGGAGCUGACGGAGCUCCAGGAGCAAUGGAGGAGCGCCAGCAUCCGUCUGGACCGGAGGAAGAAGGACCUGCUCUCGUUGUUGAAGGACUGGGAGCAGUGUGAGAAAGGAAUUGCUGCGUCACACGAGAAGCUGAGAGCAUUUAAGAGGAAGCUCUCUCUGCCUUUACCUGAGCACCAUGAAGAGCUGCACAACGAGCAAAUCCGCUGCAAGGAGUUAGAGGGCAGCACAGAAGGUUGGGCGGAUGACGUGGCCGCUCUGUGUGUGCUCAGAGACUCGCUCUCGAGCAGCCUGAGCUCCGACGACCUCACAGUCCUACAGGAGAGACUGGAGCUGCUGCAGAGACAGUGGGAGGAGACAUGUCAUCAGUUAACCCUGCGUAGGCAGCAGGUGAGUGAGAAGCUGAACGAGUGGGCCGUGUUCAAUGAGAAGAAUAAGGAGCUGUGUGAGUGGCUGACUCAGAUGGAGAGUAAGGUGUCUCAGAACGGAGACGUCAGCAUCGACGAGAUGAUCGAGAAGCUCAGGAAGGACUAUCAGGAGGAGAUCUCUGUAGCGCAGGAGAAUAAGCAGCAGUUGGAGCUCAUGGGCGAGAGAUUGGCUCAGGCCAGUCACGAGAGCAAAGCGGCCGAGAUCCAGUACAAACUGAGUAAAGUGAACGAGCGCUGGCAGCACCUGCUCGACCUCAUCGCAGCCAGGGUGAAGAAGCUCAGGGAGACUCUGGUGGCAGUGCAGCAGCUGGAUAAAAACAUGAGCAGUCUGCGUUCGUGGCUCACACACAUCGAGACGGAGCUGUCACGGCCCAUCGUCUACGAGACCUGCGACACAAACGAAAUCCAGAAGAAACUCAACCAGCAGCAGGAUUUGCAGCGAGAUAUUGAGAAGCACAGCACGGGCGUGGCCUCGGUGUUGAACCUGUGUGAGGUGCUGCUGCACGACUGUGACGCCUGUGCUACCGAGACCGAGUGCGACUCCAUCCAGCAGGCCACACGCAGCCUGGACCGCCGCUGGAGGAACAUCUGCGCCGUGGCCAUGGAGCGCAGGCUCAAGAUCGAGGAGACAUGGAGGUUGUGGCAGAAGUUUCUGGAUGAUUAUUCGCACUUUGAGGACUGGCUGAAGGCGUCGGAGAGAACCGCAGCUCUGCCCAACUCGUCUGGAGUUCUCUACACCGUCGCGAAAGAGGAGCUGAAGAAGUUCGAGGCAUUUCAGAGGCAGGUACAGGAGUGUUUAACUCAGCUAGAGCUCAUCAAUAAACAGUACCGGAGGCUGGCGCGUGAGAACCGUACAGACUCUUCCUGCCGACUCCGCCAAAUGGUGCACGACGGAAACCAGCGCUGGGACACGCUGCAGAGGAGAGUGGCGGCCAUCUUGCGCAGGCUGAAGCACUUCAUCGGGCAGCGUGAGGAGUUUGAGACGGUCAGAGACGGGGUUCUGGUGUGGCUGACGGAGAUGGACCUGCAGCUCACCAACAUCGAGCACUUCUCCGAGUGUGACGUUCAGGCCAAGAUCAAACAGCUCAGGGCGUUCCAGCAGGAGAUUGAUCUGAACACAGGGAAGAUCGGGAGUGUGUUCAGUCAGGGAGAAGCUCUGAUGGAGAAGACCGAGCCUCUGGAUGCGGCCGUAAUAGAGGAGGAGCUGGACGAGCUGCAGCGGUACUGCAGGGAAGUGUUCGGCCGCGUCAAUCGAUACUACAAGAAGCUCACGCGCCUGCCGCUGGCUGACGACGAGUGUGACGGAUCGGAUCGGGAGUUCGACCUCGACGGCUCAGGCGACGGCUCAGGUGACGGCUCAGGUGACCUCUCUGACCUCCAGUGGGAGGAGGGCAACUCUUUACCCAGCACCGCCAGCCAGACGCCCUCCAUCAGCCCGGCGCCGCUGCUGCACGCUAACUGCUCGGGUCGGGAGACUCCGGCUAGUGUGGACUCCAUCCCCUUAGAGUGGGACCACAACUACGACCUCGAGCCCAUGGGUCACACCAUGUCGUCGAAUAAGAGGGGGCGGGGCGAAGAGGACGAGGACGUUAUAUGCAGCACUACUGCAGCUCUCAAAGACGUAGUGAUUCCCGAGAGUCCUGAGGCUUAUAUAAAACUGACAGAAAGCACACUGAGGUCCUCCUCUGGUGACGCGGCUCGUAACGUACUGGACCUCGACAGCCAUAACAGCUCAUACAGUGGUUACAUGCGUCUGAUGGGAGAUUGUCGAGACAGCAUAAACGCUCUGAAGAGGGCAGAGGGCGAGCUGGAGGAGGAAGAGAGCGACCUGGCGGGACUAAACAACCCCGAGAACGCAGAACCACAGAACACAGGUGUGAUCGAGCGCUGGGAGCUCAUCCAGGCUCAGUCCCAUAACUCCAACGAAGACCUGCUGCUGUGGCAACAGCUGACCUCCGACCUGGAGGCUAUGGAGGCGUGGCUUAGCUGGACAGAGGAGGAGCUGGCUGAGCUGAAGGGGAGGGACUUGAGCACAGAUAUACACACCAUCGAUCAAAGGAUCAAGAAACUCAAGGAUCUGCAGAAGGAGCUGGACGCCCAUAAGCCCACGGUGCUGUCCAUCAACCUGAGCAGCGUCCGUCUCGUCCAAUCAGACGGCGAGGAGAGCAGGAAGCUGAGGAGGAGGCUGAAGGAGAUGAACUCCCGCUGGGACCGACUGGGUAAAGACCUGCAGCAGUGGAGAGCAGCGCUACAGGACGCACUCAUGCAGUGCCAGGAGUUCCACGAGCUGAGCCACGGCCUCCUGCUCUGGUUAGAGAACAUCGACCGGAGGAGGAAUGAAAUCGUCCCUGUCGCCCCAGGACUGGACCAUCACACACUCCGAGCCCAUUACAGAGCCUUAGAGCAAAUCGAGCAGGAGCUGCGGGACACGGAGCGCAGUGUGAGCAGCCUGCAGGAGCUCUCGGUGCAGCUGCUGGUGCAGGCGCAGGGCAGCGAGAGUCUGGAGGCGCAGGAGAGAGUGCACGUCAUCGGGAACCGCCUCCGCCUGCUGCUGAACGCCGUCACCUCCGACCUGCAGCUGCUCGAGAAACGGCUCCAGACCUCCGGAGACGCAAACGUGCCGUCCGUUUGGUCUGCGGCCGACGACGUGGACACGUCAGGGUCAGCCAGUCCCGUGUCUGUGGUCAGCGUUCCUGUUCAACAUCACACGCUACGGAGCAAAUGUAAUGUGUCAGGAGCAGGAUCCUCAUCCGGCCUGCCGCGCCACAGGUCCCUCGGGGUUUCUGCGUGCGCUUCCUCUCGUUGUGGCUCUUCCGGGCCACGCGGUGGCGCUGCUGCGGCUCGCUGCCAGCCCUUCCUGCUGCGGGUCCUGCGAGCGGCUCUGCCUCUGCAGCUCCUGCUGCUGCUCAUUGUGGGCUUGGCGUGUCUGGUGCCCAUCACUGAGGAGGACUACAGCUGCGCCAACCACAACAACUUUGCCCGCUCCUUCCACCCCAUGCUGCGCUACACCAAUGGGCCCCCGCCCAUCUGAGGUCCCCCUGCAACCCCUCCCCAGACACACGAACACGCUUCCCUCCCUCCCUCAGGAGGCGGGCCAUUAUGAAGUGAGCUCAUAAGACUGUCUAUUAGCCAAAGCUGAAUAUUUGAAUAUUAUCCGUGUACAGGUAAACACCGCUGCUAUUUUGAUUUUUGUUUGUGGUUUUUUUUUUUUUUUUUACUUUAAAUUAUUGAUUGCAAUCAGAAGUGUCACGACGAUCUGAUCGUUAGCCGAAGCCUGAACAGGAUCCUUUGGGGGAAACAGGAUAAUGAAGAAAUGAAUCAGACUUUUAUAGCACUGACGCAAGCGUAUUUUAAGGUACUGCACUUAAACCGUCCGGCAAAACUUUGUGAAAAUUAUUUUUUCAUUUGAAGAUUGUAUUUGAGAUACAAAAAGCUAUAUAAAAUUUCACUUAGUGAUUUUGAUAAGUAUUUGAAUGCCCUUUAAAGAUGUAUUUAUUUAAGUGUUUGGGGUUUUUUUUAAUCUUUAAUCAUCAUGGCAUGCGGUUGAUGCUUUUUUUUUUUUAACACUAAGCAAUCACUGAUAGUUGCUUGUCUUCUGUAAGAGCCAAGCUUUUUUUUGUUUUUCUAAAUACUGUACUAGUAGGUCACUAGGGUGUGGAAAAAAAAUGUAUAAAACAUCAUUUAUGAAACUGUCAGUGCUUAUUUAUGAGUGUACAGUUUACUAACACGGAGAGUAAAGAAGGCCUUUCUGAUUAAUA